CCGCCCGGACCCCGCGCCCCGCGCCCCGCGCCCCGGCCCCGGCCCCCCGCCUCGGCCGCCGUCCCGCAGGGCGCCGCAGAAAUGACCGAUCCCUUCUGUGUUGGAGGAGGCCGCCGGCUCCCAGGAUCCACCAAGAGUGGACCUGGGAAGGAUGGAAGCCGGAACGAAGUCCGACUUCCUGUGCUGCAUGACCCACCAAAAUUGGGGAUGCCGGUGGUCCGGGGCGGGCAGACGGUGCCCAGCCAGGGCCCACUCUGCUUUGACCCGGGGAGUCCAGCCAGUGACAGGACGGAAGGGAAGAAAAAGGGGCGUCCAAAAGCCGAGAACCAGGCCCUCCGAGACAUUCCUCUCUCCCUGAUGAACCAGUGGAAAGAUGAAUUCAAGGCGCACUCAAGGGUGAAGUGUCCAAACUCAGGGUGCUGGCUGGAGUUCCCCAGCAUCUACGGGCUCAAGUACCAUUACCAGCGGUGCCAAGGGGGUGCCAUCUCAGAAAGGCUGACCUUUCCCUGCCCCUUCUGUGAGGCUGCGUUCACUUCCAAGACCCAGCUGGAGAAGCACCGGAUUUGGAACCACAUGGACCGACCCCUGCCUGCCCCUAAGCCUGGGCCGGUCAGCCGGCCGGUCCCUAUCAGCCGGCCCGUUGGGGUCAGCAAGCCCAUUGGAGUGAGCAAACCUGUCACUGUUGGCAAACCCGUGGGUGUCAGCAAACCCAUCGGCAUCAGCAAGCCAGUGACAGUCAGCAGGCCUGUGCCAGUCACCAAGCCAGUGACGGUCAGCAGACCUGUGCCGGUCACCAAGGCUAUCACGGUCAGCAGGCCUGUGCCGGUCACCAAACCCAUACCGGUCACCAAGUCCGUGCCGGUCACCAAACCCGUGCCGGUCACCAAGGCAGUGAGUCUCAACAAGCCAGUGCCAGUCACCAAGUCCGUGCCGGUGACCAAACCAGUGACCAUCAACAAACCGGUGCCGAUGACAAAACUUGUGACAGUUACGAAACCCAUGCCAGUCACGAAGCCGGUGACGGUCAGCAGGCCCAUUGUGGUCAGUAAGCCAGUGACGGUCAGCAGGCCCAUUGCCAUCAGCAGACACACACCACCUUGCAAAAUGGUGCUGCUGACCAAGUCCGAGAACAAAACUCCUCGAGCCACAGGGAGGAGCAGUGGUAAGAAAAGGGCUGCGGACAGCCUGGAUGCAUGCCCCAUCCUGCCAAAGCAGGCGAGGCCGGAGAAUGGGGAGUAUGGCCCAUCCACCACGGGCCACACCUCGGCCUUCCAGCUGAGCACAGACCCCGGCAGCAGCCCCCUUUCUCUGGGCAGCAGGCCCUUGGGGAGCAAGGAGGCACCGAGGGCCACAGGCCCUGUGUCCCCACCUGAGGAGGGAGCGGAGCGCACAAAGCACAGAAGGAAACAGAAGACACCCAAGAAGUUUACAGGGGAGCAGCCGUCCAUCUCAGGGACCUUCGGACUCAAAGGCCUGGCCAAGGCAGAGGACAAAUCCCGCCUGCACCGUGCCAAGAAGCAGGAGGGGCCGGGCCCCGAGGACGUGCGCAAGAAGGUGCUGGCUCCUGCUAGCACGGUCAGCAAGGACGUGCCGGCCCCCACGGCCCACCCAGCUCCAGGUGGCCCUGAGGAGCAGUGGCAGCGGGCCAUCCAUGAACGGGGGGAGGCUGUCUGCCCCACCUGCAACGUGGUCACCCGAAAGACCCUCGUGGGGCUUAAGAAGCACAUGGAGGUGUGUCAGAAGCUGCAGGAUGCUCUCAAGUGCCAGCACUGCCGGAAACAGUUCAAGUCCAAGGCCGGCCUCAACUACCACACCAUGGCGGAGCACAGCGCCAAGCCCUCUGACGCCGAGGCCUCGGAGGGAAGUGAGCAGGAGGAGCGGGAGCGGCUGCGCAAGGUGCUGAAGCAGAUGGGGAGGCUGCGCUGCCCCCAGGAGGGCUGCGGGGCCGCCUUCUCCAGCCUCAUGGGCUACCAGUACCACCAGCGACGCUGCGGAAAGCCUCCCUGUGAAGUGGACAGCCCCUCCUUUCCCUGCACCCACUGUGGAAAGACCUACCGCUCCAAGGCCGGACACGAUUACCACAUGCGCUCGGAGCACACGGCCCCACCGCCUGAGGAGCCUGAGGACAAGCCCCCCGAAACUGAGGACCUCUUGGGUGUGGAGCGGACCCCCAGCGGCCGCAUCCGCCGCACGUCAGCCCAGGUUGCCGUGUUCCACCUGCAAGAGAUUGCAGAGGACGAACUGGCUCGAGACUGGACCAAGCGGCGGGUGAAGGAUGACUUAGUACCUGAGACUGCCCGGCUCAACUAUACUCGGCCAGGCCUCCCCACACUUAACCCCCAGUUGUUGGAGGCGUGGAAGAAUGAAGUCAAGGAGAAGGGCCACGUCAACUGCCCCAAUGACUGCUGUGAAGCCAUCUACUCCAGUGUGUCCGGCCUUAAGGCCCAUCUCGCCAGCUGCAGCAAGGGAGACCACCUGGUGGGAAAGUACUGCUGUCUGCUGUGUCCAAAGGAGUUCAGCUCUGAGAGUGGCGUCAAGUAUCACAUCCUCAAGACCCAUGCAGAGAACUGGUUCCGUACUUCGGCUGACCCACUUCCCAAACACAGGAGCCAGGACUCACUGGCACCCAAGAAGGAAGAGAAGAAGAGUCUGGCAGGUGGGAAGAAGCGAGGCCGAAAGCCCAAGGAGCGGACCCCUGAGGAGCCCGCACCCAAGAUGCCCCCACGUCGAGACGACUGGCCCCCAGGAGGCAGAGACAAAGGGGCCCGGGGCUCCACUGGCCGGAAGGUGGGAGCCAGCAAAGCUCCUGAGAAGUGAGCAGAGUGGCUGGCAGGUGGGUGGGGCCUGGUCCCCACACUGGACACCAAGCCCACUCUGUUCAGGGUGGGGGUAGCUAGCUCCAGGACCUCCUGCCCUCCAGUUCUCCACCCCCCACCCCUGCCUAUUCAUCUGUCCAGCGGAGGCAGCCAGUCCCUCUCUCCUUCCUGACGGCCCUUCCCGUGUGCAGGCUGCACAGGGCACACCUGGGCUGGUUCUCUGGGGGGAGGCCCGUGGCAGCAACGGAAGUGCAAUAGCUUGGAGGGACAUUUAUGGGCCUGGUGGAGUCUGGGGCCCUGGAUGGGCAGGAAGAGGGUCUGUGGCUUAGGCCUCAGCACCACGGGGUAGAGCAAGGCAGGCAGAUGGCCUUCACCAUGCAAGCUCCUGGCCCCGUCUGCUUUCUCAGGCCCAAGGCUUGGGGGUCCUCGGUGACCCAUGGUUCUGGGCUGAUGAGGGCACCUGAGCAGCCUCACCUUUCUACCCAACACUGGACCCCAGCACCCCCAGCUACCUCCCAGGACAGACCCUGAGUCUGACUGCUACCAUGCUGACCAGACAGCCGCCCUACCGUGGCCUCCCUCGUCCUUCCACAUUUGGCUCCUCUGCUUCUGUUCUCUACCUCUCCAGGCCCACCCUCCCCUGCCUGUGUGACCCCUGCUGUGCUCGGGCCCCUGCCCCACUGGCCCCUGUCCGUCACAGUGGGUGGAGGUGGCCCUGUUCGUGGGCUCUCCUGCCAUCCUGUCUUCAUGGGUGCUCCCUGCCUGGGGCAGGGGGAGGGUUCUGCUCUCACCUGCAGGGCUGCCGGAGCGGGGGAGGGGGGGCGGGGGGGGCGGUGAAGGGGUCACAUGGAGCAUAGCUUUGGCUCCAAUCUCCAGCUUUGCUAAGACCACUGCUCUAGGUUGGGGCAGCCCAGUGGGUCAGGGAUGGGCCAGUCUGGUCUGGGGCCCACAGGCAUGUGGGGCAUGGAACUGGGGCCCAGCUCUGAGGAGUAAUCCCUGUGGGAAUCAGCCUUCUGUCUGCUGGUCUGGGUUGGCCUGUGGCUAAGCUCCCAUGGGAGUCUCCUUCCCCGCCCCCCCCCCUUUUUUUUUACCUGCCCUUUUGUUUCUGGUUGUGUGGUCUUUCGAUAUGAGAGCUGAAGGCCAGGAGGGGGCUUGGCCAAGGUCACGUUGUGUUGGUGGCAGCUCUGUGCUGGCCCUUUUGGGGCUGAGAGCGUGGCUAGGUCUGCAGGUUGACCAGGGUUCAGGCUGGAGUCCAGGGCACCCACAGGAGGUGGCCAAACCGCCUCUGGCCUCCUCCCUGGGCCCCACUUUCCAGCUUCGGCAGUGUAGGGAGGAGGAAGGUACUCAGAGCCACUGGGUUUGGACAGAGGUUAUUUCCCACUGGGGGGUAGAGGGUGGGCUGAGGGCUCGGCCUUGCCGAUCCUGGACGAUGUGAAUUUUGAUAUUUGCCCGUGUGCGUGUAUCUCCUGGGUGUAGUGGAUGCCAGUCUUGUUGCUGUGACAAGUAACAACCUUUUUUUUA